AUGCCUACUGAAGAUCUCACUAUGGCGGGGAAGCCAAACGAUGAUUCCGUUAUAGUCGACAGCACCGAGAAGCCAAAGCCAGGUUCGUCGGACGGAAGCGAUGUCUCUAACGAGCCGGAGCCUCAACUUCACAUGAAGACCUUUCUCGCCGUCUUCGCAGUAGCCUUGAUCUACUUUGCCCAGCUGUUCAGUCUGAUCGGUGCUGGUGCUCAAGGUCAAACGAUCGCGGGCCACUUCGGGGCGGCAGACAAGACGAGCUGGCUUUCAGCAGUGAUCACCAUUAUGACCGUCGUGCUCGGUCCGAUCUUUUCCCAAGGCGCCGACUACUGGGGUCGCAAAUGGUUCAUCAUCGUGCCGACCCUCUUUGGUGCCGUAGGAUCCAUUAUCGUCGCCCGAGCCACGGACAUCAACAUGUGCAUUGCCGGUUUCUGCGUCAUCGGCAUCGCAUUUGGUGCCCAGCCUCUGCUGCAUACCGUAUCAUCAGAGGUUCUACCUCGGAAGUGGAGAGCCUAUGGACAGGCUUCGGACAUGAUUUCCAACGGUCUGGGCAGCAUUCUAGGUCUUCUCGUUGGAGGUGCUUUCAACCGUACCAAUGAUCCGACUUCCGAUGGUUUCCGCUAUUACUUCUACAUGGCUAUGGCUUUGUACGCUGUCUCUGCGAUCCUCUGCAUCGCUGUCUACAACCCGCCCCCACGGCCGUUGCAGAAGUCGCUCACCACGACCGAAAAGCUGGCGAAGCUGGACUGGGUGGGAUACGUUUUCCUUGCCGCAGGUCUCGUUCUAUUCUGCUUGGGUCUUUCCUGGUCGAAGAACCCUUACGAAUGGUCCGAUGCCCACGUCUCCGCCACCUUCGGCGUUGGUGUUGCACUAGCAUUGGCCCUCGUUGUUUACGAGACUUGGUUCAAGAAAGACGGCAUGUUUCACCACGGGCUAUUCACGAAGAACCGCAACUUCACAAUCGUCAUGUUGUGUGUUUUCGCCGAAGGUGUGGCGUUCUUCGCUGCCAACACGUACUUCGCCUUCCAAGUCAGCGUUUUGUACGAGACUGAUGCGGUGCUCGUUGGCACUCGGUACGCUCUCAUGUCCAUUGCCUCCAUGAUCGGCUCCGUCAUCUGCGGGUGGUACUGUGCCAAGACGCAUCGUGUUCGAUGGAUGACCGUUGGCGCCUUCAUUCUUUUCGUUGUCUUUUUCGCCUGUAUGGCGACGACGAACCAAGGGUCCAGCAACGCCGUCUGGUUCUACCCAGUCCUACUUGGUUUUGCUUUGGGUAUGACUCUCACAACUCUGAUCACCGCUGCGCAACUUUGCAUCCCUCCCGACUUGAUUGCUAUUGCCAGUGGUCUCAUCAUCAGUGUUCGGUCUCUUGGAGGUACUAUUGGCAUUGCCAUCUACAAUGUCAUCUUCAACGAUAGUAUGAGCCAUAUGCCAGAGAAUGUCGCCAAAGCCGUUAUCCCUUCUGGCUUCGACCCGCAAAACUUGGGCAUGCUGCUUGGAGGUCUCACCGCACACGAUGAAGAGAUGAUUGCGAUGGUGCCCGGCAUUACUCCGGAGAUCAUCGCUAAGGCCGCCAACGCUCUUCUCGGGACUUAUGUCUCCUCCUUUCAGAAGGUUUGGAUUGCAGCUGCGUGUUUCGUUGCCGUCGCUGUCAUUGCUGCUGCGUUCCUAUUCGAUCCUAAGAAGGAGUUCAACAACCACAUCGACGCCCCCCUCGAAAAGGAGGAGGCUAGUGUCUACAGUGUCACCGCUUAA